AUGAUAAAUAAUUUGCCAAACGAAUUACUUUACACAAUUUUGCAAAAUGUUCAAAAUACUUAUGCAUUAUAUAAAAUAUGUAAAUUUAAUUUUUUUCCAUCAACUGAAUCAAAUGGAUCAUUUUUAUCACCUACAUCAGAAGAAGAAGGAUCAGAAAGAUCAGAUUCAGAAGGAUUGAUAAUAAUAAAUAAUUGUAGGAUUAAUUUGGGGAUAGCUGUUAAAUAUAAAGAUAAUCCACCAAGUGGUUGGAAACAUAAAUAUUAUAUACCAACUAUUUUAUUACCUGGCGAGAAUCCAAACAACAUCAAAGAGAUUAAAUGUCAUUCGAAUAUAAUUAUAGGCUAUAGAUUCAAUAUCAACAAAGAGAGAAAUAAUGAUGAGAAGGGGAAACAAGAUUUUAAAAAUAAUUCAACUAAUGAUUAUACCAAUAAUCCACAAGACAUUGAAUUAUUGUAUAUCAAUAUGUCAAGAGAUGCAUUAUUAAGGUAUAUGGAUAAUAUGGAUAACCUUCAUUACUUGAUUUCUGCCACUGGAAUUAAUUAG